AUGUCGCGGCCGCCCUCGUCCCACUCUAGAUUCGAUACCAAUCCCGACAUUCAGGAAUUUCGCGAGUGGAUCGAUCGCGACAGCUGCAUCGGCGUCAGUUUCAAACGUGAUAAGUUCCAAGCUCAGAAAUUUCUUCCACCCGAUCGCAUUCGAGACUGGUUCGACUGGCAUGACCCAGCAAAAGCUACCAUAAUCCUGGGGCUCGUCCGCGCAGCGCUAGGCUCCUCUGCCACGCGAUCAGAUGCGCUAGAUAUCGCGAAGCGAUGCCCCGAGGUAUUCUGUACCCUGAUAUACAUUGGCAAGGCGAAAUAUAUCAAACUAUUCCUCCAGAAUAGAAAGUUAUGGCGACUUCCUCUGGAAGCCAACAGUCGCGCCUCGUUUCCCAGACUGGCCAAUGGUGAGGACUUCUUCGAUGAAUUUUACCAGGAGCAAUGGCGCUUCUGUGCAGAGCCUCUGAGUGGUGGCCUCACCACAUCGAUAAUGGAAGACGAUCGCAUUCUGCCACUUGAAAUUGUGACAGAAUUGAGCAAGCAUGGUGGGUCAAGUGCUGUCGUGCACUUGUGCAAGGUCCUUCCUGAGCUCGACAAUUUGGACCGGGAUGGGCGCGACCCAUCAGUUUCGGAGGAUGGUCAAACUCACCAAUACGUGGUCAAGUCCUACCAUGACAGCGACCAGGCCCGGAAAUAUUUCGAGGCCGAGGUGGAUGCUUUCCAAAAGCUUAACAACACCGGCGAAAAAAUACCAAACCUAAUCGGCUGCUACGGAGCUUUCAAACAGAACGGCAGCUAUCAUGUCAUCCUCGAGUACGCCAACGUCGGUACCCUUGAAGAUUACUUCAACAAAGUGAACCCGCCAGAGGAAAAGGGCGAUGUGUUGAAGCUGUGGACGAAUCUCUUUGAUGUAAACAACGCCUUGGUGAAGAUUCAUGAUGGCGGUGAUAGCAAUUCGUCAGCUUCCCAGAAGGGAGAAAUAUUCCAAGGCUGGCAUCAGGACAUCAAACCAUCGAACAUCCUCGUGAAGGGAGAUGUUGGCGUGGAUCCGUACGGCGUACAGUUCAUGCUAGCGGAUCUCGGCCUUAGUCAUUUCGCCAACACUAUCACCGAUACUGACACGCAUGGGGCAAGAUCUUAUAGGGCUCCGGAAUGCAACACAGGUGCAGCUCACGCCUUUUCCCUACGCGUCAAACAGGUGAUCGAUACUUGGUCACUCGCAUGUGUCUACAGUGAGACUAUUGCUUGGGUAGUCGGCGGCCAGCAUGAGCUAGGCCGGUAUAGAGAGAGCAGAAGACGCGCUUCUUCGGACAGCAAGUUUCCAGGAUUUCACUUCCACGACAACAAAGGCAACGUCUCUGACGUUGUUGCCGACUUACACCAAGAGCGUUGGCUGAAACGACGGAGACUCGAAGACACUGUCACUGCUUGUAUCUGGCAGGAGCUACUACAGCACGUUUUUGUCAAGAGCGAGGCUCGGCUCAAUGCUCAGCAGAUGGUCACGUUUUCGGAGAACGUCAUACGCCGGGCCACGAUCGGGCCCCUUCAGCGGGCUGAAACAGCUCCCACGUCUGGCCCCGACGAUUCUGAUCGGCCAAGGACGCCACCCAACAGUCCUCCAGGAUACAUGGCGUCCCAUUCGCGCCAAACCAGCCACAGGCACCCACCUCUGGAGACCGCCCACAGUAGUCCUCCAGGUUCGUCGGCUCUAUAUGAGAGCAGUGAAGCGAGACGGUGGACUAAGAGCUCCAGUGGUAAGGAAGACCACAGCCCAUCACCAACGACUGGAUCUACGGAACCACAUCAACAUCAUGGUUCGCCAUCGCAGAGCCAAAAUCGCCAGCCUUUGCACUCUAACAUCUCUAGAGCUCGCACGUUCGAUGAGCACAGACCAGACAUUUGGGAUGAUCCAGGCUCUCCUGUCCCAAUUGCGAUGAGGUCGCGUGUUGCAACCGACAGCGCCUCACAUGCCCAACACAGGGCCGAUGUCAAUCGGGCAUUAGCCCUGGAGAGAUUAGAAGCAGCACCGACACAAUCGACAAGGCAGAGACCAUCCACUCGAGAGUAUUCGAGCACCACUGAGCCUCAGAAGAUUGCAUCGAAACUGCCUGAUUUUAGUCCUGAUGAGCUGCGAGAUUGGGUGAAGGAGGUCAAGGCGGCGAACGAAGGCCUAUGGAACAAAAUGAAAAGUCGUGUCAGUACUAUGCAGAUCAAAGCAUUGCCUAACGAGAAGAGAUUCCUGGAGCAACUGAGCGAGCGAGAUCAUAUUUUCGUUCUUGAUGAUGGCAACAGCAUGCGGGAGCACCGAAAAGCUAUGACCCAACUCUCCACUAAUCUCAUGUUCUUUAUCAAGCACAAGAAGCUGGACUUGGAUGGGAGUACAGUCUGCUUCAUCGCAUCAUCAAAGCAAAUUGAGCAUCAACACAUCACUGAACUCACCAAAUUUGUUCAGCGGAAUCUACACUUCGAGGGCAAACCCAACUUCGCCCAUCGACUGGAGAAGAUCUUGGAGUGGUACCGUACUAAGCUUCGAGGGCAACCAAAUGCGAAACCAAUCAGUCUCUAUGUGUUCACAGACGGGACAUGGAGGGGUACCGAUGAUGCAGAUCCCACUAGUCCCGAGGAAGACAUCGAACUACAGGAUGUGGCUAAUGUCAUUGACAACACCGUUGAGUUUCUCGAGAGCAGGCGUGCACGUCUGAAGCAAGUCGGCAUUCAAUUCAUCCGGUACGGUGACGACGAGGUUGGCAGGGCCCGGCUGGAGUGGCUCGACGACGAGUUGAAGGGAGCCAAGAAUAUGAAAAGGGACAUAUGUGAUACGACUGGCGCUAAUGGCAAUGUCUGGAAAAUGCUGGUGGGCAGUAUCGACUCAACCGUGGAUCCAUUAAAGGAUGUGACCAACGGCGUGGUCCGAUGA